AUGCCGCUGGCUCCUUUGGGUGAUCCGUUUCGUGAGCCGCCGCCAGCUCACCUCGAGAAUGUUUCGCCGUAUCCGCAACCGAAAUCGAUGGCCUGCUACGAUGACAGCACGGACGAUUCGGGGCUAUGUUUGGACAAAACGGAGUCAGAAGGACUUGCCGAGAUCGACAUUGGCGAGGUGCGCAAAGGAGGUGAGAAAGCCGAUGCACGACAAUUUGAACUACUCAAGGUCUUGGGCCAGGGCUCGUUCGGCAAGGUGUUUUUUGGUGCUGAAAAAGCAACGCUGAAAGUGCGCGAUCGGAUUCGGACGAAGGUUGAGCGAAACAUUUUGGCCCACAUCUCGCAUCCGUUCAUUGUCAAAUUACACUAUGCUUUCCAAACCGAGGGCAAACUCUAUUUGAUUCUCGAUUUUCUUCGUGGAGGCGAUCUUUUCACACGACUUUCAAAAGAGAUAAUGUUCACCGAGGAGGACGUGAAAUUUUACUUGGCUGAGUUGGUGUUGGCGCUCGAGCAUUUGCACUCGCUGGGAAUCGUCUAUCGGGAUUUGAAACCGGAGAACAUUCUCUUGGAUGCGGAUGGCCAUUUAAAGGUCACCGAUUUUGGGCUGAGCAAAGAGUCGGUGGAUGGAGAUCAGAAAACGUACAGCUUUUGCGGCACAAUCGAGUACAUGGCUCCAGAAGUGAUCACGCGUCGCGGACACUCGACUGCCGCCGAUUUCUGGUCGCUUGGCGUUUUGAUGUACGAGAUGUUGACUGGCCGUCUACCGUUCACCGGCGUCGAUCGAAAGGACACGAUGCAACAGAUUUUGAAGGCCAAGCUCACGAUGCCGCAUUUCCUUUCGCCGGACGCUCAAUCCCUGCUGCGAUCGCUUUUCAAGAGAAACGCUGUGAAUAGACUUGGAGCCGGACCCGACGCUGCUGCUGAGCUGAAACAACACACUUUCUUCUCGUCAAUCGACUGGGCAAAGCUCUACAAGAAAGAGAUCAAUCCUCCAUUCAAACCGGCGGUGACGACAAACGAUAUCACGCUCUACUUUGAUCCCGAAUUCACGAAGAAGACGCCGAGGGACUCGCCCGCAUUGCCGCCAUCAGCCGCUGCGCACGAGCUCUUUCGAGGAUUCUCUUUUGUUUCGCCGAUGGUCAUUGAUGAGAUGAAGGAAGGUGUCCGAAAGUCGACGAUCCGCAACGCCAAGACCACUCCAUUCAGCGACGAUUACGAUAUUCAUGAGGAAAUUGGUCUCGGCGCUUAUUCGGUGGUGAAAAGGUGCACGCUGAAGAACACGAAGAAGGAGUUCGCGGUCAAGAUCGUUCGCAAAGCCGAGCACGAUUGCGCCGAAGAGGUGGAUAUCUUGCUGCGCUACGGGGCACAUCCGCACAUCGUGAAGCUUUUCGAUGUCUUCGAGGAUGAGACGAGCGUUUACUUGGUGCAAGAGUACUGUCGUGGUGGUGAGAUCAUGAAUCGUCUCUCGCGCGUCACCGAACGAGAAGCCGCUCAGAUUAUGUCAGCCCUGGCAAAUGCCGUUCAAUAUUUGCACUCAAAUCAGGUUGCUCAUCGUGAUCUCAAGCCGGCGAAUAUCAUGUUCGCGUCGCCAGGCGGUGAAAUUGACUCGUUGCGCAUCGUUGACUUCGGCUUCGCCAAGCAGAGCCGCGCCGAGAACGGGAUGCUGAUGACACCGUGUUACACGGCACAAUUUGUCGCUCCCGAGGUCCUCAAGAAGCAAGGCUACGAUCGAUCGUGUGAUAUUUGGUCGUUGGGUGUGCUACUUUAUGCCAUGUUAUCAGGAACAACUCCAUUCUCCACCGGUCCCACCGACACGCCACAGCAAAUUUUGAAUCGUGUUGGACAGGGGAAAUUCUCGAUGGAGGGCGCGCAAUGGGAUUGCGUAUCGGAGGGGGCAAAGGAUUUGGUCCGUCGAAUGUUGACCCUUGACCCGGGUCGUCGUUUCCGUGCACAUCAAAUCGCUACUCAUCCAUUCAUCACGCAAAGGCACUCACUGCCCGUGGCGCCAACGACGAAUCUGUUGGACAUGAAUGUGAUCAAGACUCAAAUCGAGCAAACCUACCGUGCGCUCGGCUCCACUCCACAAGUUUCACUCUGCGAUGUGAAUGCGUCGGCCCUAGCUCAGCGUCGGAAACGAAUCUUCAAGGCGAACGAGAAUUUCAACAACAAUAAUUCCUCUCAA